AUUACGUCAAUAUAUCCAGUGAUGUGAUAGGGAAAUGCUGGUUACUUUAAAAUACAGUAGUUGGAUGUAUCAUUCAGAUUGUUGAGUGUUUAUCUUAUGCUGUGGAUAACAAUUUUUUCAGUGGCGGCAGUCGGGCAAGUCCAUUCUUAACGUGGGGAGAAAGGCAGGAGCUGUUGAGCGAACCUGGGGCCAGAAGGUCAGAGGAUUGUAGCGAAAUGGCAGACCACGGAAAAGGAGGAAAAUUCCUUGCCAAAGCCCAGAAACAGUUAUUCCGGACAAAAGCUAAGGUGUUACAAAACUUGGGAAAAGCAGACAAGACCACAGACACCAACUUUGAUGAUUAUGUCACCAACUUUGCCAAAUUACAGGGUUCUGUAUCCAAACUACAGAAGGAGCUCAAGAAUUACAUAAUGUGUGCUAAAGGAAUGGCAGUGGCGAGUAAAGCUUUUUGUGAUGUUCUCUUGGAACUAUAUGAACCAGACUGGACAAAAGAAUCUGAUUUUAAACAGUCAGUCAAUAGUAUUGAAUUACUGUGGAAUAAUUACCUGAUGACAUUGGAGUCUCAGGUGAAUGAUCCAAUAGCUACUUACCUGUCCCAUUUCCCACCUCUCAAGGCCAAAGUUGCCAAACGGGGCAGGAAACUGGUGGAUUAUGACAGUGCCAGACACACUCUGGAAGCCCUACAGAACACAAAGAAAAAAGACGAGGCUAAAAUAGCUAAGGCAAAGGAAGAGUUAAAUGAGGCCAAGCGUAUCUACGAGGACCUGAACAAAGAUCUGUCCAAUGAUUUACCCAGACUCCAUGAGAGCCGAGGAUCCUUUUAUGCUUCAACUUUCCAGAAUUACUUCUCAGCUGAAAACAUCUUUCAUGAAAACGUUGGAAAGAUCAAUGGUGCCCUAGGCGAAGUGGCAGACAAGCUGGCCAAAGACAACGUUGCUCAUGUGUUUGUGGCCACCAUGCGGCCUGUCUCCAAGACAGACUCUUUAGGUUCAAGGUCAUCCAGAUCAGAGCCAUCAAUAUCCAAUGGAAGUGAGCGAGCAGCAAUCCCUGAGAGUGACCGUGCUUCUCAUUCUGAUGUGGAGCGGGUGUCGCACGCGGAAGCUGAGCGGGUUACCCACACAGAGCUGGACAGGAAGUCACACCCAACCACCACACCUAACCUGUACGUGGAACCAGAGGAUGAUGCUUCAUUACCAGAAGAAGAAGAGGUAGAUACAGAACCAUCAGUUGAGGAACCUCCUAGAGAACAGGUGCGAGUCGGACAAGAUUAUGAAAAUAUUACUGUGAAGCAGAAUGGGACUGGUGUGACAAAAUCAAAUGCUGAAAGACCCUCACAAUUGGAACAGAAAAAUGCUGUCGAGAAUGAAGUGGAGGUGAAAUCUGAACAAACCAGAUCUACCUCAGAGAACAAAGACGAGGAAAGAACAAAGAAGGAACCAGAUCAUAAAGAAAAUUCCAAGAAGGAUGGCCAGAAGGAUGCAGAUGAAGAUUCUGAUGAUGAGAAGCACCUGUAUCAAGUCCCAACCUCUAAUGAACCAGUGGCUACACCUCCACCUGGUGUGCUCUUCCAGGUUUGUGCCACUCACCCCUACACAAGUGAAGACGGAGAUGAACUGUCUUUUGAGGCAGGGGAGGUAAUCUUUGUUAUCGAAUAUGAAGAUCCAGAAGAACAGGAUGAAGGUUGGCUCAUGGGUAUUAAACAGUCAGACGGUCUCAAGGGAGUUUUCCCAGAAAAUUUCACCAAGCGUAUGUGAUCUCGUAUCUGUAGAAUACUCCCCAGUGCUCGAUUUCUCAGAGGAGUUGUAAUGCUAAGCUGGCCUACUCACCGUGAAGUAACAUACUGAAGGCAUGGCCUGGUAUUUGCAACUGGCGUAACGCUAUGACCACUUUGAGAAACAGCCACUAGGAAAUUGUCGAGAUGACUCAAUCACUAUGGUAACACAUAGACUGUGUCACUAUGGUAACACAGGAAGGUGUUGGUUUGUAGACUAGAAAACACCAACCCAGAAGUUCAGCAUUCCUCAGCUGUGGAGAUAUUGACUGUCACAAACAAGAGAGAUGAAGGUAUCAUUAUGAUGAUGAAACAAAUGAGUGUAUCUCUCCCACAUUGUUGUUAUUGUAGUGUCAUUCUGAACAGGUAUUGCAUUCCUACUGUUUUAUCAUCCCUCAUGAUCAUGAUCCGUCAUGACUUGUACAAACUGUAAAUGUCAUAUUGGCAACGUGCUCUUGGGUAAAUCUUGUUUCUGGGUUGUUAACCUUAUGUAGCCAUUCAGAGUUUUGCACAAAUACAAAUUAUUGCCAGGAAGACUGACACAGUUUUUCACAAAGCUUCAUUACUAGGUCAAAUGGGUAUGUUGUCCAGUUUUACGUAACGUUUUAUUUUUGUUCUCUUGUCAAUAGUAAUGUUGAUAUACAAAUGCUCAUUUGUGACCUGAAAACUUGAUAACAAGGGUGGAUGAAACACACUGGAGAUGUGCAAGUUGGAUCAAGUAGAGAAAAGGCGGUCCAGAAUGGACAUUUUGUAUACAUGUACAUCUAGCUUUUAUUUGUGACACAUGUUCCUGCUUUUAUCAUAUUUUAUCAUCAUUCUGGAGAACAUUUUAUAGCACGAGGUCAGUGAUACAUGGUAGUAAUUGUAAUGUGAUUACACUGUGGUGCAAGCUGUAUAUUUUAUUUUUAAACUUUAAUAUUUGUAGCUUUAACAUUUUCAAGGAAAUUUUCUGCAAAAUAUUUGUUUUUCUUUUCCUUUUUGUUGGUUGUUGAGUAAAUGUAAAAGAUGUAUACUGUUACAUAAGUUUUUGAAGCAGAUUGCUUGCUCAGUAAAGAAAUGUGUUUUUACCUAUUUACAUAUUCGUGAUUAAUUUCACUGCCACUGUCUCUGCCUAUUGUCAAAGGAAAUACUGUAUAUAUUGGUUUGGGUAUCUGUAGUCAAUGCGUUUUAAAAGUGAAUUCAGCUACACUGUACUUAAGAAUGUUUUACACUAUGACACCUUUGGCUUUAUGUGUGCUUAUUCAUGUUUGCAAACAUUAAAAUGAAAAUGAUCAGUUUGUUUUCUAAGGUAUGGAAAUUAUUGUUAUAAAUAACAUUUGCUGAGAUAGAAUAUGGAAGUUUCAAGUUAUCGCAAAUGGUACAAAAAGUCCUACUAUAUGCAAUGUGACCUGUCAGAAAUGUCAGGGGACUUUUUGAUUACGUAUGCUGUAACAUGGAUGUUUGACAACAUGGUGAAACAGGUGAUCAGUAAAUUAACAUCUUUUACAUGAUACAGUAGGAUUUUACGUGAUACAGUAGGAUUUUUUUUACCUUUAAUGCAAAAAAAAAAAAAAUUUGGUCUCUAAACAUUCCAAAUUGUAAACUUUUGUAAACAAAUAUGACUCGGUUCUGAUAGCUGUUAGAUUUUUGUUUUAUUCCCUGACAUGCAUACACACUUGUUUAUUUGCAUUAAACAGAGGAUGCUUUUCAGUAUGUCACAGUAAACUCUUUAAAGAAAAAACCUGAUGAAAAGCGUUUUACAAUGGUCUUUUAUCUUAGCUGAUGUGUAUUUUAUUUACACUAAAUGUUUUCUGCUCCUUAAAAUUUGUUUGGACAGUGUUAAUAGUUCCUCUGUACAUCUGUAAUGUAUGUCAGAUUUGUCUCCCUUCAUCUGGUUUUGUGCCAGUUUUAUAUAUUGGAUGUACAUUGUAUCUUUGAAAGUUAUGAAAAUCAAGGUUCCUUUAUGUCAAAUUGUUUCCAACUAAAUCAUUCCAGUUUUUUACUCUGAAUAAUUAAGCUUUUCCCAUUUUUGGUGGAUCUCUUUCAUUAAAACAAGAAUGAAAGCAAACUGUGCAGAGCUUGUGUUAUAGGAAAAGUUGAGCAAUGGUAACUUCAGAAUUCCAUGCCACUUGCCUGUCAGAGAAUGCCACAGAUGAUAAAUGUGUAUGUUGGUAGUGAGAAUUUGGAUGUAAAAUAAAUGUUAGAGGUAAGUGCUUUACUUCUGUCUGUAUAAUACAUGGGUAU